CGCAUGUAUAACAUGAUGGAGACGGAGCUGAAGCCGCCGGGCCCGCAGCAAGCUUCGGGGGGCGGCGGCGGCGGAGGCAACACCACGGCUGCAGCGACCGGCGGCAACCAGAAGAACAGCCCGGACCGCGUCAAGAGGCCCAUGAACGCCUUCAUGGUGUGGUCCCGGGGGCAGCGGCGUAAGAUGGCCCAGGAGAACCCCAAGAUGCACAACUCGGAGAUCAGCAAGCGCCUGGGCGCCGAGUGGAAACUUUUGUCGGAGACCGAGAAACGGCCGUUCAUCGACGAGGCCAAGCGGCUGCGCGCUCUACACAUGAAGGAGCACCCGGAUUAUAAAUACCGGCCGCGGCGGAAAACCAAGACGCUCAUGAAGAAGGAUAAGUACACGCUUCCCGGAGGGCUGCUGGCCCCGGGCGGGAACAGCAUGGCGAGCGGGGUUGGGGUGGGCGCCGGCCUGGGUGCGGGUGUGAACCAGCGCAUGGACAGCUACGCUCACAUGAACGGCUGGAGCAACGGCAGCUACAGCAUGAUGCAGGAGCAGCUGGGCUACCCGCAGCACCCGGGCCUCAACGCGCACGGCGCGGCGCAGAUGCAGCCCAUGCACCGCUACGACGUCAGCGCCCUGCAGUACAACUCCAUGACCAGCUCGCAGACCUACAUGAACGGCUCGCCCACCUACAGCAUGUCCUACUCGCAGCAGGGCACCCCCGGCAUGGCGCUGGGUUCCAUGGGCUCGGUGGUCAAGUCCGAGGCCAGCUCCAGCCCCCCCGUGGUUACCUCUUCCUCCCACUCCAGGGCGCCCUGCCAGGCCGGGGACCUCCGGGACAUGAUCAGCAUGUACCUCCCCGGCGCCGAGGUGCCGGAGCCCGCUGCUCCCAGUAGACUGCACAUGGCCCAGCAUUACCAGAGCGGCCCGGUGCCCGGCACGGCCAUUAACGGCACACUGCCGCUGUCGCAUAUGUGA